AGGAUGAGGCACUUGGCUGGCGCGCGGUAGUACUAUGAUUUGGUAUGUGGCCACUUUGAUAGCAAGUGUGAUCAGCACCCGAGGUCUUGCGGCUCAAGGUGCCCACGGCCUACGAGAAGAGCCUGAGUUUGUGACUGCACGAGCUGGUGAGGGUGUUGUUCUGCGAUGCGACGUGAUCCACCCGGUGACGGGACAGCCCCCGCCCUAUGUUGUAGAGUGGUUCAAGUUCGGGGUUCCCAUCCCUAUCUUCAUCAAGUUUGGCUACUACCCUCCUCACGUGGACCCUGAGUAUGCAGGCCGGGCCAGUCUUCAUGAUAAAGCAUCCUUGCGGCUGGAGCAGGUACGCUCUGAAGACCAGGGCUGGUAUGAGUGCAAAGUGCUCAUGCUGGACCAGCAGUAUGACACCUUCCACAAUGGCAGCUGGGUCCACCUUACCAUCAAUGCCCCUCCCACCUUUACAGAAACACCCCCCCAGUACAUCGAGGCCAAGGAGGGUGGCAGUAUUACCAUGACCUGCACAGCUUUUGGGAACCCCAAGCCCAUCGUCACCUGGCUCAAGGAGGGGACGCUCCUCGGUGCUAGUGGGAAGUAUCAGGUGAGUGACGGCAGCCUGACGGUGACAUCAGUCAGCCGAGAGGACAGAGGCGCCUAUACCUGCCGAGCAUACAGCAUCCAGGGGGAGGCUGUGCAUACAACCCACCUGCUUGUCCAAGGGCCUCCUUUCAUUGUGUCCCCUCCUGAGAACAUCACCGUCAACAUCUCCCAGGAUGCCCUGCUCACCUGCAGGGCAGAGGCGUAUCCCGGCAACCUCACCUACACCUGGUACUGGCAGGAUGAGAAUGUCUACUUCCAGAAUGACCUGAAGCUGAGGGUGCGGAUCCUGAUCGAUGGGACAUUGAUCAUCUUCCGGGUGAAGCCGGAAGAUGCCGGGAAGUACACCUGCGUCCCUAGCAACAGCUUGGGGCGAUCCCCCUCUGCCUCAGCGUACCUGACUGUGCAGUACCCAGCCCGUGUGCUCAACAUGCCCUCUGUCAUUUAUGUGCCCGUGGGCAUCCAUGGAUAUAUCCGCUGCCCUGUGGAUGCAGAGCCCCCAGCCACGGUGGUGAAGUGGAACAAGGAUGGGCGCCCCCUGCAGGUUGAGAAGAACUUGGGUUGGACGUUGAUGGACGAUGGCUCCAUACGCAUCGAGGAGGCUACAGAAGAGGCUCUUGGCACGUACACAUGUGUGCCUUACAACACCCUGGGGACCAUGGGCCAGUCUGCCCCUGCGAGGCUUGUCCUGAAGGACCCCCCGUAUUUCACGGUGCUACCAGGCUGGGAGUAUAGGCAGGAAGCUGGCCGGGAGCUGCUCAUCCCCUGUGCAGCCGCAGGGGACCCUUUCCCCGUCAUCACCUGGAGAAAGGUAGGGAAGCCCAGCAGAAGCAAGCACAAUGCCCUGCCCAGCGGGAGUCUUCAGUUCCGCGCCCUGAGUAAGGAGGACCAUGGGGAGUGGGAAUGUGUCGCCACCAACGUGGUCACGAGCAUCACUGCCAGCACCCACCUCACUGUCAUCGGCACCAGCCCCCAUGCCCCGGGCAAUGUCCGUGUCCAGGUCUCCAUGACAACUGCCAACGUGUCCUGGGAGCCAGGCUAUGAUGGAGGCUUCGAGCAGACAUUCUCAGUUUGGAUGAAGCGGGCACAGUUUGGGCCCCACGACUGGCUGUCCUUGUCAGUGCCACCGGGCCCUAACUGGUUGCUGGUGGAUACCCUGGAGCCUGAGACUGCAUAUCAGUUCAGUGUCCUGGCCCAGAACAAGCUGGGAACCAGCGCCUUCAGUGAAGUGGUCACUGUGAACACUUUAGCAUUCCCUAUUACAACUCCAGAACCCCUGGUGCUGGUUACCCCACCAAGGUGCCUCACAGCCAAUCGGACCCAGCAGGGUGUGCUCCUGUCCUGGCUCCCGCCUGCCAAUCACAGCUUCCCCAUCGACCGUUAUGUCAUGGAGUUCCGAGUCGGGGAGCGCUGGGAAAUGCUGGAUGAUGCCAUUCCAGGAACUGAUGGGGAUUUCUUUGCCAAGGAUUUGUCACAGGACACCUGGUAUGAGUUCCGGGUUCUGGCUGUCAUGCAGGAUCUGAUCAGCGAGCCCAGCAACAUUGCCGGAGUCUCCAGCACAGACAUCUUCCCACAGCCGGACCUGACUGAUGAUGGGUUGGCGCGGCCUGUGUUGGCUGGGAUUGUGGCUACCAUCUGCUUCCUGGCGGCUGCCAUCCUGUUCAGCACUCUGGCUGCUUGCUUUGUCAACAGGCAGCGCAAGCGCAAGCUCAGGCGAAAGAAAGAUCCUCCGCUCUCCAUCACUCACUGCAGGAAGAGUCUCGAGUCUCCCUUGUCCUCUGGCAAGGUGAGUCCGGAGAGCAUCCGCACGCUCCGUCCCCCAUCUGAGUCCUCUGAUGACCAGGGCCAGCCUGCUGCCAAGAGGAUGCUGAGCCCCACCCGGGAGAAGGAGCUGUCCUUGUAUAAGAAGACCAAGAGGGCCAUCAGCAGCAAGAAGUACAGUGUGGCCAAGGCUGAGGCCGAGGCUGAGGCCACCACCCCCAUCGAACUGAUCAGCAGAGGUCCCGAUGGCCGCUUCGUGAUGGACCCCUCUGACAUCGAGCCCUCCAUGAAGAGCCGGCGCAUCGAGGGCUUCCCCUUCGCUGAGGAGACAGACAUGUACCCCGAGUUCCGACAGUCUGAUGAAGAAAAUGAUGACCCACUGGUGCCCACAUCUGUGGCCGCCCUCAAGUCCCAGCUGACCCCUCUGUCUUCCAGCCAGGACUCUUACCUGCCACCACCAGCAUACAGCCCUCGAUUUCAACCCCGGGGGCUUGAGGGUCCCAGUGGCCUGGGAAGUCGGCUGCAGGCCACAGGCCAAGCGCGGCCCCCCGCCCCCCGGCCCUUCCAUCACGGCCAGUAUUAUGGGUACCUCAGCAGCAGCAGCCCUGGGGAGGUGGAGCCGCCCCCCUUCUACAUGCCGGAAGUGGGCAGUCCCCUGAGCUCGGUCAUGUCCUCUCCACCCCUGCACUCGGAGGGACCUUUCGGCCACCCCACGAUCCCUGAGGAAAACGGAGAGAAUGCUUCCAACAGUACGCUGCCAUUGACCCAGACACCCACGGGAGGACGCUCCCCAGAGCCCUGGGGUCAGCCGGAGUUCCCCUUUGGGGGGCUGGAGACCCCAGCCAUGAUGUUCCCCCACCAGCUGCACCCAUGCGAUGUCGCCGAGAGUCUGCAGCCCAAAGCCUGCCUGCCCCGAGGACUGCCUCCCUCCUCCCUCCAGGUGCCCGCAGCCUACCCGGGCAUUUUGUCUCUGGAGGCACCGAAGGGUUGGGUAGGUAAAUCACCCGGCCGGGGCUCUGUACCAGUGCCCCCGGCCACCAAGUGGCAGGACAGACCUAUACAACCUCUGGUCAGCCAAGGGCAGCUAAGACAUACUAGCCAAGGCAUGGGCAUACCUGUGUUGCCUUACCCCGAGCCGGCUGAGCCGGGGGGGCACGGUGGCCCCAGCACAUUUGGCCUGGACACCCGGUGGUAUGAACCCCAGCCCCGGCCCCGGCCCAGCCCCCGGCAGGCCCGGCGCGCCGAGCCCAGUUUACAUCAAGUGGUGCUACAGCCCUCCCGGCUCUCACCUCUGACCCAAAGCCCCCUCAGCUCUCGUACCGGCUCCCCUGAGCUGGCUGCCCGAGCCCGGCCUCGCCCUGGCCUCCUACAACAAGCAGAGAUGUCAGAAAUCACCCUGCAGCCUCCAGCUGCAGUCAGCUUCUCUCGCAAGUCCACGCCAUCCACCGGCUCUCCAUCCCAGAGCAGCCGCAGCGGGAGUCCCAGCUACCGGCCUGCCAUGGGCUUCACCACUCUGGCCACAGGCUACCCUUCCCCUCCACCGGGCCCUGCCCCUGCAGCACCCGGGGAGAGCUUGGAUGUGUUUGGACAGACAUCUUCCCCUCGCAGGAUGGGGGAGGAGCUUCUCCGGCCAGAGCCCCCAACAACGUUACCUACUUCAGGAAUUCUUCCACCUGCAUCCGGGAAUGCUGCUGCUCCUGAGAGGCUGGAGGCUCUGAAAUACCAACGGAUAAAGAAGCCCAAAAAGUCAUCCAAGGGCUCUUCGAAGUCAAAGAAACGAUCCGACGGUUCUGCCUCCCAGGCUCAGCAGCUUCCCAGUUCUCAGGUUCUGUGGCCCGACGAAGCUGUCUGCCUCCGAAAGAAGAAGAGACACUCUCGUCCUGACCCCUUUGCCCGGCUUUCAGACUUGUGCCACCGCCAACUUCCAGAAGACCAGACGGCCAUCAUCAACAGCGUGGAUCAUGAUGACUCCGGCCACGCCACUCUGCUGUGA